CAAGGGUUUUUGAAUUAUUCUUUAAAAGGUCGAUUUAGACUAAAACGGCGUUAUGACACCAAAAGCAUUAGGAAGAGAGGCGAAGAUACCCUUUCCGUCAUGCUUUUGAAGAGAGCAUUAGACGCCUUGAGCAAUUUUAUACACGAUAGAUACGGUUCGAAUAUACAAUAG